CAGGCGGCCAAUCGGAUGCGGCCGUCACAGCGGAGAGGGCGGAAGAGGAGAGAUCUAGUUCCGGACGCGGCCGCCGCCGCCAUCUGUCACCAGCUCCGGCACCGGCAACCGGUCGUCCCUGCCCCGCCUUUCCCCUCGGCGGAGCCUGCUUCUCGUCCUGCCACUUCUCUGCUCUGUUCUUGUUGCUGCUCUUCCAUGGAUCUGGUCGGAGUGGCUUCGCCUGAGCCCGGGUCGGCAGCGACCUGGGGACCCAGCAAGUGUCCAUGGGCUGCCCCUCAAAAUACAAUAUCUUGUUCUUUGGCUGACGUAAUGAGUGAACAGUUGGCCAAAGAAUUGCAGUUAGAAGAAGAAGCUGCUGCUUUUCCUGAAGUUGAUGUUGCUGAAGGACCAUUUAUUACUGGAGAAAACAUUGACACUUCCAGCGACCUAAUGCUGGCUCAGAUGCUCCAAAUGGAAUUUGACAGAGAAUAUGAUGCACAGCUUAGGCGUGAAGAAAAAAAAUUCAAUGGAGAUAGCAAAGUUUCCAUUUCCUUUGAAAAUUACCGGAAAGUACAUCCUUAUGAAGACAGUGAUAGCUCUGAAGAUGAGGUUGACUGGCAGGAUACUCGUGACGAUCCCUACAGACCAGCAAAACCAGUUCCCACUCCCAAAAAGGGUUUUAUUGGAAAAGGAAAAGACAUCACCACCAAACAUGAUGAAGUAGUAUGUGGGAGAAAGAAUACAGCAAGAAUGGAAAAUUUUGCACCUGGGUUUCAGGUAGGAGAUGGAAUUGGAAUGGAUUUAAAACUAUCAAACCAUGUUUUCAACGCUUUAAAACAACACGCCUACUCAGAAGAACGUCGAAGUGCCCGCCUCCAUGAGAAAAAGGAGCAUUCUACUGCAGAAAAAGCAGUUGAUCCUAAGACACGUUUACUUAUGUAUAAAAUGGUCAACUCUGGGAUGUUGGAGACAAUCACUGGCUGUAUUAGUACAGGAAAGGAAUCUGUUGUCUUUCAUGCAUAUGGAGGGAGCAUGGAAGAUGAAAAGGAAGAUAGUAAAGUUAUACCUUCAGAAUGUGCCAUCAAGGUAUUUAAAACAACCCUUAAUGAGUUUAAGAAUCGUGACAAAUAUAUUAAAGAUGAUUUCAGGUUUAAAGAUCGCUUCAGUAAACUAAAUCCACGUAAGAUCAUCCGCAUGUGGGCAGAAAAAGAAAUGCACAAUCUCACAAGAAUGCAGAGAGCUGGAAUUCCUUGUCCAACAGUUGUACUACUCAAGAAACACAUUUUAGUUAUGUCUUUUAUUGGCCAUGAUCAAGUUCCAGCCCCUAAAUUAAAAGAAGUAAAGCUCAGCAGUGAAGAAAUGAAAGACGCCUACUAUCAAACUGUUCAUUUAAUGCAGCAGUUGUAUCAUGAAUGUACACUUGUACAUGCUGACCUCAGUGAGUAUAACAUGCUGUGGCAUGCUGGAAAGGUCUGGUUGAUUGAUGUCAGUCAGUCGGUAGAACCAACCCAUCCUCACGGCCUGGAGUUCUUGUUCCGUGACUGUAGGAAUGUCUCACAGUUUUUCCAGAAAGGAGGAGUAAAAGAAGCCCUUGGUGAACGAGAACUGUUCAAUGCUGUUUCAGGCUUAAACAUCUCGGCAGAUAAUGAAGCUGACUUUUUAGCUGAGAUAGAAACUUUGGAGAAAAUGAAUGAAGAUCACGUUCAGAAGAAUGGAAGGAAAGCCGCUUCCUUUUUGAAAGACGAGGGAGGCCCGCCAGUGCCAUGUGAUGAAUAGCACCAGCACCCACUGCCUUCAGUGUUAACGCCAUGGUGAUUGUCAGCCACCCACAGCCAGUGAAGUGAUUGGUGACCUGAAAUACCAAAACGUGAGGAGCGUACAAUGGUGCUUCGGUGCUUUUCCCCCUUGUAACCCAUGUGCCAGAUGUGUGGAGCUCAGCUCAGCAUUGAGAGAAUAAAAUGUCACUACCUCUCAUCUUAUGAACAGGAUAAUAUAAUUAUUUAACAGCUAUAGGCUAUCAGGCUGAAACAGACUUAAUUUUACAUGCCUCGUGGUAUAAAUGUUUUGAUGAGAAUUUUUAAAACUUAGGUAGCAUUUCCAAAUAUGGGAGGAAAGGACAGAUGUGUUUACAAGGGAGGGUUUUAUUACAGCAUAUUUACUUUAUUCACUUCCCUGUUUUGUAUUGUGUCUUUCCUCAAAUAUUUUAUUGGCCCCAAAUUAGUAUUCCUCAGUUCUAAAAUUUUUUCUCUAGUGGGUAUUGCAAAUGGAAAUUAGGCUUCAGAAUGACUGAUGGGAAUAGACAUUGGCACUGUACUUUUUAUUGAUAUAUCAUGAAAAUGAAUGGAACCCUACUUUUUCCAUACUCCUAGCUAAGAAAAGGCAUCAUAGGCAUCUGAAAGAAAUAAAUAUGUAAGAGCUUCUUAACUAUCCAAAUUUUUUAAUUUAAUUUUCAGCUUUUCUACAUUUAGGUUAAAUAGUUCAGAUAUAACUCAUGGUGUGGCUGCUCUACAUUUAUGAUGAAAUGUAAAUUAUCUGGAAGGAGAGAAUAUAAGACUUAACCACGUUUGACAUAUUUUAAUGAAGUCAGUGAAACAAAGUUGAAUUUGUAUUACUAAAACCAUACACUUAUGGAUUGAUUUUGAGAGAAAUAUAGCCAGUUAAUUGGAAAUAUAAUUAAUCAAAGGAUGAAAAGUAUAUAUAAAACAACUUGGAUACCAAAUUAACCAACUCAUUUGGCCUCAUUUUUAAUAAUUUUUUUUUUAAUUAGAUUUUAGUAUUGGCUGGACACCACUUUGUGGAAAAGUAUAUUGGCUUUGUUAGGAUUGAAAGUUCAUUAUAAAGAUCCAAACCUGUCUGGUAAUAGACAGUAACAGUCAAGACAUCAUUUACAAUUUGAAAGCUUCUCUUUUAACAUCAUUGAAAAAUGCCAAAUAUGUUAUUUCUAGAAAAAUAUUUAUUUUUGUUUUGUUGUAUAGCUCUGAAUUGCAUUUCAGAGAAAUGUGAUUUUGAGUAGAUAUUCAUUACAUUUUUGAAAUGUUUACUACUCUGAAAUAAAAAUUUAGAUGACUGGUGAUUAUUGGCUUUACAGAGGUUUCAGAGAAUGAAUUUUUAAAACCAUUAAACAUCUAAAACUUGUUCUUUGUCUGACAUACUCUGAUAAAGAACAGCAAACCAUCGCUGUGUGGCAUUCUUGGAGUGUGCUAUGAACAUGUUUUUUGAGACAUUAAAGAUGAAGCGAUCAUUUUA